CGCAGGAUCACGCGCCGUGCGAAAUCCUUCACCAUCAUCGACCAGGAGCUUUACAAGCGAAGCCACACUGGGAUCCUCCAGCGCUGCAUCCCGAUCGAACAGGGAAAGGCGCUGAUCCAGGACAUCCACGCUGGGGCUUGUGGUCAUCACGCUGCGCCAAGGACGCUUGUGGGCAAUGCCUUCCGACAAGGUUUCUACUGGCCAACCGCGGUCGCGGAUGCUACCCAGGUAGUCCGCACUUGCGAAGGAUGCCAGUUCUUUGCCCGCCAAACCCACCUGCCCGCGCAGGCGUUACAAACCAUCCCCAUCACGUGGCUGUUCGCGGUCUGGGGACUGGAUCUCUUCACCGAAAAAAGAUUCCUCCAGUUCUGCGACGACCACCACAUUCGAGUGGAUUGGGCGGCAGUUGCGCACCCCCGCACGAACGGGCAAGUCGAGCGAGCCAACGGCAUGAUACUUCAGGGUCUCAAGCCACGGAUCUUCGACCGCCUUAAAAAGUUCGGCGGACGAUGGGUUGCGGAGCUCCUAGCAGUCCUCUGGAGCCUGAGGACGACC